AUAUAUUUGAAACUAAUAAAAUGUCAGAUAGUGAAACUGAACAAUAGAGAAAGGUAGUUCUCCCUUAGAUAAUAAUGAACGUGUUUGACACUCAAUAUUAAGUAGUACGUUAUGUUGGAUAAGAAAUAUUAAAAUGGAAAUUAAUAGGUGACCCAGAAUCAUGGGAUUGGGAUGUUUAUUGGACUGAUUCUGGGGUUCCUGCAGAAAUGUUAAGCAAAAUGAAAUGUAUAUAACAAAAUUAUAAUUGUUUUAGAGCAUUAGAAAGUGAAUCAUUUUCCUGGAAUGUACAUAUUAGCUCGAAAAAAUAAUCUAGGUAAAUAAUUAACUAAGAUGCGUCGUCGCUUUCCAAAGGAAUUUAAAUUCUUUCCUUUUACUUGGAUGUUGCCAUCAGAUGUUUAAGACUUAAGAGAAUAUAUGAAAGGAAAGGGUAGAGAUGAAACAUUAAUUGUAAAACCUGAAGCUUCUUGUUAAGGUAGAGGUAAGAAUUAAUUAGUUAAAUUAAGGUAUCUUCUUAACUAAGACUCUUGAAUUUAUCACUCCAACAGAAAGAUAUGUAGUAUAGAAAUAUUUGAGUAAUCCUUUUUUAAUUGACGGUUUGAAAUUUGAUUUUAGAAUAUAUGUUCUUGUUGCAGGAUGUGAUCCUUUAAGAAUAUUCAUAUACACUGAAGGUUUAGCAAGGUUUGCAACUGAAAAAUAUGUGCCUCCUCAUCUCUCUAAUUAUGAUGAACUUUGUAUGCAUUUGACAAAUUAUGCUAUUAACAAAAAUAAUGAAAACUUUGUUUUUAAUGAAGAUGUAUAACGAAUGGAUGUUGGACACAAAAGAAGUAUGUCAAGUGUUUUUGAAAAAUUAAAAUAGGAAGGCAGAGAUAUUGAUCAGUUAUGGAUGGACAUUAAAUAAAUUAUAAUCAAAACUCUUUGUUCUGCCCAACCAUUUCUUAAACAUCAAUAUACUACAAGCCAACCCAAUAAUCUAAUGAAUAAUAUGUGUUUUGAAAUUUUGGGAUUUGAUAUUAUUUUGGAUAAUUCUUUUAUGUAAAUAAGUCUUUGUUAAUUUAGGCCAAUUUUAUUAGAAGUAAACCAUAGUCCAUCAUUUACUACUGAUUCACCUCUUGAUUAAUAUAUCAAGGCUAAUUUAAUUGAAGACACACUAGUGCUAAUGAAUGUUAAUAGGGAAGAAAAGUUUAGAUUAAUGUAAGUUUAAAUUCUUAUUAAGAUAGGAGAAACAACAAGAAAUGCAAAAACGUAUUUUGACAGGUAGAAAUAUUAGAAUGACUCAAGAAGAUCGAAAGGCUAUUAUUGAAUAAUACUAAUUGAUGAGAGAUGCAUAUGAAGAUGAUCAUCUUGGAGGAUAUGAAAAGAUUUAUCCAUGUGAUGAAGAAUAUGAAACUGAAUAUUAUUCUUAAUUUCUAGGAUAUGCAAGUGAUAUUUUUGAAGAAUCUACAGGUUAUUAUUUAAUCAAAAUUUAGGUACAAAAAAAAUCUAAUUGCCUAGUCGGAAAAUUACUGGAAGUCCUUAAAAAUCGCUUAAGCAUGAUGCUGCCAAAAUAUAUGCAUAACCUUUAAGAGUGGUUGUUCAAUCAUAACAAUCCUAAUCAAGGAAAACUAAAUAACAUACUUUAUUAUACAAAUCCAUGAUCUAACAAUAGAUUUAAUAAGAAUAACGUAAAAUCUAGAUUAUGAUGAAGUAAAAGGAAUAACUUCAAUAGAAAUAAAAAUAUAUUAAAUGA